CUAGCCAGCACCUACGGACGCCGGGUCCCACGUGACAGUCCCCUCCUCCCUCCCCAGUCGCGCGCACGGGCCGGGCGUCUUGGUCCCGCGCACGCUCGUGGUCCGAGAGCCCGGGAGCAAAGCGAAGCGAAGGAGGGAGCGUCGGAGCGCGGGCCGUCAGAGCCCUGUGCCCGCGCGGAGGUGAUGAAGCUGGCCGCGCGCUGACACCGCCGCACCCAGCCGCCGGGAAGAAGGCGCCUCGGGCCGCGACCUUCAGGAGAAGGGAGGACUGAUAAUUCCUGUAUCUAAGAGUGGACCACGUGUGUGGUGACAUGGCCCAGGGGAAUAAUUAUGGGCAGACCAGCAAUGGGGUAGCAGAUGAAUCACCCAACAUGCUGGUGUACAGAAAGAUGGAAGACGUCAUAGCACGCAUGCAAGAUGAAAAAAAUGGAAUUCCUAUUCGUACCGUCAAAAGCUUUCUUUCCAAGAUACCUAGUGUCUUCUCUGGGUCAGACAUUGUUCAAUGGUUAAUAAAGAACUUAACCAUAGAAGAUCCAGUGGAGGCACUCCAUUUGGGAACACUAAUGGCUGCCCAUGGCUACUUCUUUCCAAUCUCGGAUCAUGUCCUCACACUCAAGGAUGAUGGCACCUUUUACCGGUUCCAAACACCCUAUUUUUGGCCAUCAAAUUGUUGGGAGCCAGAAAACACAGACUAUGCGGUUUACCUCUGCAAAAGAACAAUGCAAAACAAAGCAAGGCUGGAGCUAGCCGACUAUGAAGCUGAGAGCUUGGCCAGGCUGCAGAGGGCAUUUGCUCGGAAAUGGGAGUUCAUUUUUAUGCAAGCAGAAGCACAAGCAAAAGUGGACAAGAAGAGAGACAAGAUUGAAAGAAAGAUCCUUGAUAGUCAGGAGAGAGCAUUCUGGGACGUACACAGACCCGUGCCUGGAUGCGUAAAUACCACUGAAGUGGACAUUAAGAAGUCAUCCAGAAUGAGAAAUCCACACAAAACACGAAAGUCUGUCUAUGGUCUUCAAAAUGAUAUUAGAAGUCACAGUCCUACCCACACACCCACACCAGAAACUAAACCUCCAACAGAAGAUGAGUUACAACAACAGAUAAAGUAUUGGCAAAUACAGUUAGAUAGACAUCGGUUAAAAAUGUCAAAAGUUGCUGAUAGUCUGCUAAGUUACACGGAACAGUAUGUAGAAUAUGACCCGUUUCUUGUGCCACCUGACCCUUCUAACCCAUGGUUGUCUGACGAUACUACCUUCUGGGAACUUGAAGCAAGCAAAGAACCAAGCCAGCAGAGGGUAAAACGAUGGGGUUUUGGCAUGGAUGAAGCAUUGAAAGAUCCAGUUGGGAGAGAACAGUUCCUUAAAUUUCUAGAGUCAGAAUUCAGCUCAGAAAACUUAAGAUUCUGGCUAGCAGUGGAGGACCUGAAGAAAAGGCCUAUUAGAGAAGUCCCCUCUCGAGUUCAGGAAAUAUGGCAAGAAUUUCUGGCUCCAGGAGCCCCCAGUGCUAUUAACUUGGAUUCUAAGAGCUAUGACAAAACCACACAGAAUGUGAAGGAGCCCGGGCGAUACACAUUCGAAGAUGCUCAGGAGCACAUUUACAAACUGAUGAAAAGUGAUUCAUACCCACGUUUUAUAAGAUCCAGUGCCUAUCAAGAGCUUCUACAGGCAAAGAAAAAGGGGAAAUCUCUCACGUCAAAGAGGUUAACAAGCCUCGUUCAGUCUUAUUAAAAGGAUCAUCUUGUAGCAUGAAAGUGAACUGGCGUCAUUGCAUAUACUUUGUAGUUCUUUGUUGUUACCUGCAGCAGAGGACAUUAGACCAAGAUGUUGCAUGAGCAAAGGACCUGAAUUGUUCUUUCUUUGUGUACAUUAAGGCACUGCCAUCUCCAAGGGACUCUACCAUCUCGAUGCCUCCAUUUCAAAAUGUCUGCUAACUUCCUCCUUGUACUAAGCUGGAUCUGUGUCUUUUCCUUUUUUAACAAUUCAAGUGAAGUAAAUCUU